UAUAUUGAUAUUGUUAGCUAUGUGUACAUAAUGUAUAGUUGAGGGAAGCUUCAGUUAACAUUUAUUAAGCCAUCACUUCAUUUUUCAUUGUCUUGCAAGAUGGCUUGGCAUUCUCCAAAGGACGCCAUGCCAUGGGUGGGAUUGUAUGUUGCUGUAGCAUCUCUUAUUUGCACUCUUGCAAUGGCUGCCGAUGCCUUCAGAGGUUUUCGACAACGGAAACUUUGGUUUCCUUGCAAAUUUUUCAACAUCGAUGCUGCAUCCAUCACACUUAUAGCAAUAGCAAUGAAGCUACCAGUGGAUCUAACAACCGAUAUGCCUGAUGAUAAUUAUCCGUUCGUAAAGUAUCUAAGCAUUGGUUUCUUGUUCACCAUGUUAGCUAACUUUCUCCCAUCUUUAGGGGGUGACGGAUGCCAAGAAACUUUUGAUGAACAUCAUUGCCUUGGGUAUUCUCAUCAUCACCAUUAUUGUAAAUAUAUGCAUCAAAGAAACUCCUAUUUGGCUUCCAUAUUUCAUGAUGGAAAUAUCUGUCUUUAUAUUUCUCCUUCUAUGACUAUUUUGGGUAGCUUUGACAGUUUCAGCAUCCAGAAGAGUUUUAGAACACCAGUACAAGGAGUUGCACAGAUCGGCUUUAAAUCGCCAACAAAUAAACUUCUCUUCCUCUGAACUCCUAAAUCAUAUUAAAAAGUAUUGGAUGAUGGCAGAAACCGGUAACCCCAAUUUGUGCUCGCUUGUUCACCCUUCUGUUCUGCUUCUAGAUUGGUAUGCUCAUUAUUUGUUGUUCUUUCAAUUUACCAGUUGAUGAGUCAGUAUGAUGAUCUACCAAAUUUUUGGGAUGGAAAAUCAUAUUAUAGGUGGUCGAUCAAUGUAAUUCUAACCAUGCAAUCAAUUGGGGUUGUAGUUGGUAGCAUUGCGCCAAUUUUUUGAUGUAUUACUACUGCCACUUAUUUCAACCUCUCCAGAAAAUGGAGCAUCAACCAUCUAAACAUGUUCAGAGUUGAGAAACAUUGGACACAAAGGCUUCAACAUUGGAAACACAACCACGUCCGCUCACAUAUCCCGGGCCGCCAUGGCAAAAAACUUUUCAAUAAUGUCAAAAACAUGAUUUUGAACUUUUGUAUAGCACUUCAAAUAACGGUUGUGGUUUUAUGUAAAACAAUAUGUCUCAUUCCUAGGUUUUUAAUGAUC